AUGUCUUCAAUUCCCAUCCCCGAAUCCUACGAGAGCCUAAACCUAACACACAUAAACAUCUCCCACUACCCCCCAUCACCAACAGCAACCCCAAUCGUGAUCCUAAGACUCAACCGCCCAGACAAGAACAAUGCCUUCACACCACAAAUGGGCCAAAGUCUAGAGCAGGCAUAUGCCAUGUUCCACCUCGACCACCGCGUCAAAGUGAUCGUCCUGACAGGCGCCGGCCGAAUGUUCUGUGCUGGCUCCGACCUGGAAAUCGGAUUUGACGACAGAGUGGAAAGGGCCAGCGACUUCCGUGACACUGGCGGCCGAGUGGCAUUGGCCAUGCACAGAUGUAGCAAACCCACCAUCGCCGCUCAGCAGGGAUCGGCAGUUGGCGUCGGAAUGACAAUGACAUUGCCAGCGGCGAUUCGAAUCUGCCACGAGCGAAGCAAAUACGGAUUCGUCUUUACCAGACGAGGUCUAACAAUCGAAUCCUGCGCUUCAUUCUUCCUACCCCGUUUAAUUGGAUUCUCCAAAGCAAUGGCUCUCAUAACGACCGGCGGCGUAUAUCCAGGAUCAUCAAAAUAUUUCGGUGAUCUAUUCACGGAAGUUUUGGCUGAUUCAACAUCCGUGCUACCACGGGCUUUGGAGCUCGCGACGGAAAUGGCUCAGAAUGUUAGUCCGCUGGCUUCUGCUAUGAGUCGAUCUUUGAUGUGGGAAGGUCCGGGGUCGCCUGAGGGUGCUCAUCUUCUUGAGUCGAGGGUUUUCCAUCAUAUGGCGGGUCAAAGUGACUAUAAAGAAGGGGUGAAUUCGUUUUUGGAGAAGAGGAAGGCGAAUUUCUUAUCUGAUCCGCAUGCAAACAGCUCGGGGGAUUAUCCGUGGUGGUCUGCGGUUGAUAUUAGUGUUGAGCCGAAGGGGUCGAAGGCUAAGCUGUAA